CGGUGGCGGAGGUGGAGGAAAAAGAAGAGGAAGUAAAAGCAAGCGAAGCGUACGAAUUUCUAAUCCGUGCGAGAUAAAAAAAAAAUCGAACGAGUACAAGUGGAAGUAGAAGAAGAAGGAGAGGCAAAGGUGGAAGCGAAAGAAGAGGACGGAGGCAAAAUAGGCGCGACCUUCGCAGCGAGGAAACGAACGGAGAAAAAAUUGGCAAGGCGUAAGAACCAUGAAGUCGAGUAUCUGAUAGUUGGUUCGGCGAGGAAGGCCCAUCGUAACUGAUCCGACUAAAGGGUGACCUUGAGCAAGAUGGUCAGGAGGGCGCUACUACUAUUCUCGCUGUUCCUUCUCGGUGCCUUCGAUGCUCCCGGCAUCGAGAGAGCCCGCGUCAGAUAUCUGGUGAUGGCCGGUAACACCUGUAACACUUGCAGGAUGCACGAGGAGAUCAGAGCACUCAGCCUCGAAGCCAUCAAAGAACAGAUACUGAACAAGCUUGGCUUGAAACAAGCACCGAAUAUGACGGGCAGAGCUUUGCCGAGAAUUCCACCGAUUUCCAAGCUGAUGGACAUGUACGGGAUGCAGGCCGAUCAACCGCAGCCCCUCGAGCCCGGUAUCACCCACCACGAGGAGAUCGACGAAUACGCUGCCAAGACGGAGAGCGUAUUUGCUCUGGCGCAACCUCAUCAGAGGCUAAGGCACUCGAAGGGCAGCCUGGACGUGCUUUACUUUAAAUUCUCCGACAAAGUGGUGCAGCACCGCGUCACCAGGGCGGAGUUGUCUCUGUGGAUAUGGGGCACGGAGGACGGCUCCGAGGACGCGGACGAACCGGUGGAGGACGCGGAGAGCGCCGAGGACGAGGGUCCCGUCACGAUCACCUUGCAGAGGAUCGUUCGCGGCGGCACCGAAACCGGAGGACCCUCCCUGGGACCACCCUUGACCACCAAACAUCCUCGACCCAUCGGUCGCAAAGGUAACUGGGUAACGAUCGAGCUCAGGAGAAUGGUGGCCGAGUGGUUCAAACACCCGAGAGACAAUCUGGGGGUGGCGCUCAAGAUAUCCGGACCCGGUGGCAAUCAUCGUAGAAACUCGAAACUGGUCGAGACUAACCCUGCGGCCGAGUACGCGCCGUACCUAGAAGUACAGACGCAAGAACUCGACUCGAGAAGGGGCGCCAGGAUCAAGAGGAACGUAGGACUCAAUUGCGACGAGGCCAGCCAAGAGACCAGGUGCUGUCGCUACAAGCUCACUGUGGACUUUGAGAAGUUUGGAUGGGAUUGGAUCAUCGCACCCAAGAAGUACGACGCCAAUUACUGUUCGGGCGAUUGUCCGAUGGCCUUUCUGCCAGCGUAUCCAAACACCCACAUCGUCAGCCUGGCGGAGCCACCGAACAACUCUGGUCCGUGCUGCGCCCCGAGGAAACUGUCGGAGAUCACGAUGCUGUACUUCGACAACGAGUAUCAGAUCGUCUUCUCGCGGUUGCCGGGCAUGGUCGUCGAGAGAUGCGGAUGCUCAUAGUCCACCUUUCGGUUCGAGAAUAGCGACGCCGAGGAAGACACCGAAGAAGCCGAGGAAGGAGCUAUCUUCGAUCGUGCUUUUCUUUCUAUCGUUUUCCUUAUUUUUUUAAGAGCGCUGCUCGAUCGGUGUCGUUGCGCGAUCCUCGACGGUUCGAUGGACUAAACAGUGCCUUGUUUCGGGUGUCUCGAGUGUGCGAACUUGCAUUCACCGGCACAACGGUCGGCAACGACGCGAAAGGACAAUGAUCGGAAGUUUGGAGCGUCCAUUCUUCCGCCUAGUAAUAUUAGCAAGACAUUUUGAAAGUCUAUAGGUCCAUGAUAAGGCGGAUAGUUCCUAGAGUCACGGUAUUAUUAUUAAGACGUCGAUGCGUUUGCACCUGAUCUAUGAGAACGACCGCGAAACAACCUAUUUUUUAUAUGGGAACCUAUCGCAUCGAGUUUCUCGGAUACCGUUUUCGACAAUCGAUCUUUUACCGAGUUAGAAUUUUUACGAGUCGCGCGAAACCGAAGCAAACGUUUUAUCGCGAUGUUCCCUCGCGCAUUCGACGCGAGAAUACGAAACGAUUUUGGUAGUCGUUGCUGAUCGGUGGAAACGCGUUGGCUACGAGAUCUCGGUGUACAGUGAAUCGUUAUUUUUUUUCUUUUCUUCCCCUUCUCGUCUUUGCGCUCCAUUUCCGUUUUUUCUCGACGAUAGUACGCGAGUACUUUAUCUCUGUCUUUUAAGGAUUUUAGGACAGCGAGGCUCCGUGUAAAUACCAAGCUUUCCAACCGAUCUUCGCGAAUCUCCACCGAGAGAAUCGCGAGGAUUUCACUUGUAAAACGCGUAUCUUUAAGUGUAUCGAAUCGGCGAUUAGCAUCGCAAAAUAUUACCCGAAGGUGUCACCGUCCGAUACGUUCGGACUAACAUUUUUCACGCGAAAGUACUCUUUAGAAAGAAUAAGGUUGUUCUCCAGCCGCGAUUCGGUAAAUUAUGGUAGUGUCGUUGUGAUAUCUAGCUGCUUGGCUCUGUGUAACGCCGAUCGGAUGAGCAUACCAUUGUUUAUAAGCUUUCCGAGUCUCUCUCUCUCUCUCUUCGUACGUGUUGAGAAUCUAUCGUAACCUUUAUGGAGACGCAAACGUCUUUUUAUUCCUUUUCCUCGCAAAAUUUCACGAUCCGAAAGCGAUGUUUUCGUUUGAAAAUCUCGUGAAAAUUUGUACGUCCUUUCCUUCCGUUUGUUUUUUCAACGUACCUAUAAUUAAAAAACACAAAAAAAAAAUAACGAAAUUGUGUACUUCCAGUAUCCAAGGGCGGCGAAUAUUGCAUACUUAUACGUACAUAUACGUACACGUAUACGCUAGCGCGCGAGUGGCGCGCACGUGCACAUACACAUGCAUGCAUCCACACACACAAACACACAUACACAUACACACGUACGGGCGCGCGCAUAAAACGUGUACUUCCUAGGUAGAGAGUAUUCAUAGGAUAUUUAUUCGCUGAAAUAAAUGGUUUUUUCGAUGAA